AUGACUGAAAUGAUGAGUGAAAGUUCAUUCAAAAUUUAUGCUUCAGCUAAGAAGCCAAAUAUCAAAUACCUUCCUUCUCCUGAUCUCGAGCUAGUGCCAGUAAGUCAGUUUACGGACUCAGACCAUUUUUAUUUUGGACAGAUAAAUAGGAAAACCUUUCAAUUAGAAGGAAUCGGAAUUGAAGUUAAUUCUGCAGGCCGAGUCAUUCACAGUGCCUUUCGCAAUGGUUUUCCAAAUGGGAAAGGAACUUUAAUCAACAAUUCUAACCUUUUAUAUUGUAACGGAGAGUUCGUUAAUGGUAAAUUUGAAGGCACAGGAACAUACAUCCAUCAUUCAGGGAGUAUAUAUGAAGGCCAAAUUAAAGCUGAUAACCCCAAUGGCUUUGGAAUUCAAACUGAUCCAAAUGGAGAUAUAUAUGAAUGAAAUUUUGUUGAUGGUAAGCGUGAAGGUCUUGGAAAGUACACUCGAAAUGAUGGGGCUGUCGCUGAGGGUCAGUGGGAGAAUAAUUACCUAAAUGGGUAUGCCAUUACUAUUUUGCCAAGCGGAGUUGAAUAUUUUGGUAAUUAUAAGAACGGUAAAAAUGAUGGAAUCGGAAAUCUUACCAGUCCAGAUGGAAGAUCUAUUUCUGGAAAAUGGGCACUAAGCAAAUGUGAAGAAGGAAUAUAUUCAGAUACUAAAGGAAGAGAAUAUAAAAUACCAUACGAAAUCUCUUAUGAAAAAGCAAUUUCAAUGCUAUAA